UCUAAAUGAAAAAGUAAGAUUACCAUCCAUACAUAGGUACCCUAUCGUACGAUACAGUGCACGAUUGUACAUGUACAUGUACAUGUACUGUACAACAUAACUUGAUUCAACCCGAACGCCUCUGGAUGUGGACCGACAGUACAUACUUCGAACUGUGUUUGACUUCCUACCGUAGUACAAUAUCACCGUACAGUAGUGCCGUGUGGCGGACGACCUAGAUCUAUCUGUUCUAGACCUGCCACUUUUCCUUCCCCCGCCCGACGCUUGGUUCACUCCCCUUAUCUGGAAUUGAAGCAUCUGGUUACACCAAGUAGGGAAGCGCCCGUCCCAAAAGAACCUCAUUUCUAUCUUCGACUUUGUUGCGACAGAUCCCCCAAGAGCUUCUUCGUACCACCACUUUCUAAGUUGUUGAAAGGGCACUAAAUCAUGGGCUCAACCGAAUCGGACAUCGUAAAGAAAGCAGAGGCUAUCCUUGCCGAAGCGAAGAGUUUCAAUGGAGAUCGAGUCGAUCGAUAUGAGUUGAUGAAGCAGGUUGAUAUUCUUUAUCAGACGCUCGAAGACCCCAUGGAUGCCAUGCUUCGACAGUGGACUUUCAUGAAUAUGGCAACUUCAUUGAACAUGAUGGUCAAGAUGGGAAUCUUUGAAGCUAUGCCAAAGCAGGGGAGUAUCACGGCGGCAGAGCUCGGCAAACUGGUGAAUCUCGAGGCCAACGUGAUUGUACGCUUGAUGAGAAUGCUCACUGGCACUGGCAUCGUGGACCUGACUGGGGAAGAUACCUACGCGCACACGCCAAAGUCAAGAGCGUACUUGCAGGGUGCUGCCUUUGAUUUCUACAACCUAUGCAUGAACAUGAUGGGCUGUUAUCUCACGUGGCCUGAGUACUUCAAGACCAAAACCCCAGAGGAGCUGAUCGACUUGCGGAAAACACCGUAUUCUUGUGCUUAUGGUUCCGAGGGCCUCACUUUCUAUGAAGUACUUACUGCCGACCCCCAACGUCUCAACAUGUUCAAUAAGGCUAUGAUGCAGCAAGAAGCUUCCCUCCCAACGCUGGGAAUGUUUCCAUUUUCUUCUAUGAAGGAGGCAGUCGACGCCGAGCCAGAAAGAGCAUUCGUAGUUGACAUUGGAGGUGGACGGGGCCAGUCCUUAUUGCUCAUCCAGAAAGAGACAUCAAAUGGAUUUAAUACCCCAUCAAAAAUGAUUCUACAAGACAGACCACAGGUUCUUGAUACAAUACCUCGGGAUCUGGUACCAGGGAUCGAGAAGAUGCCGUACGACUUCUACACCGAGCAACCCAUCAAAAAUGCCCACGUCUACUAUCUUCGACGUAUCAUCCAUAAUUACCAAGAUGGUGUUUGUCAGGCCAUCCUGACACGAAUCGCCGAAGCUAUGGGCCCUAAGUCACGCCUUCUCAUUGCUGAGAUCGUCGUGCCAGCAAAAACGGAAGUUGGCGAGGACAUGAGCACGUAUUGGAUGGACAUGGUUAUGAUGGCAAUUGGUGGGAAGGAGCGAAGUGAAAAGGAGUUCAUCGCGCUCUUGAACAGUGUUGGACUAGACUUGGUCAAGAUUUGGCCAGCACCAGUUGGCAACCAAGCUGUCAUAGAAGCAAGGAAAAAAGCACCUGGAGGGGUGGCGUAAAUAGCUGGUGCAUAGUAAGUAUUCUUGUGAUAAAUGACGACCAUCGGUAUAUCAACAGAUAACCACAUACACACAUAUUCCAUAUGUCGGUAAGUAGAGAGG